AUGCCUGAUUGGUAUUUGCUUUUUCAUUUUCUCUCCUCGCUCCCGUCUCCGCUAAACCAACCAAUCCUCAUUCUUCGUCUCUGCGCCUUCGCCUAUACAGUUUCCUGUUCACCCUGCCAGACCUCGCCGAGUCGGAUACAGAUCCUGAAAAAGUACUGCCAGGCCGAUGUGGCUGUCAAGGCCAGGGUCAUCAGCGCAACGCCCUUCGGAAAUACUUCCAGCCUGGUGGUCACCCUUGACAGAAAUAUGGAGCGUCUUCUGCUCCCACCGGACAUGAGGCCUUCCAAGAAGGCCGACAACACUGCCGAGGAGAUGCCCUCUCCGGGCUUUCUUGAUACCAACGAUGAGCGUUACCUCUCACCCAAUGGAGUGCGCAAUGCGAAUGCUAGAGAAGUUGUUCCGCUAACUGCCAAAAACAGUCAGAAACCGACUGAAGGACCACAAAACGACAGCAGUUCAGAAUUUAAAAUGCAAAGGUAUGAUUAG